UCGUUUUUCUCGCGCUCUCUCACUAGGCGGCGGUCAUGCACAUUGACAUUCCUCAGGACACUGAGCGUUUUGUCCUGAGGCUUAUUCACUACGAUAAUUCUGUUGCAAAACGUUUUUCUAACGGAAGCAAACGAGGGACCUAACUCCAUUUGUCCAAUGGAAACUCGUUUUCGUUAAACGUUUUCCGUUUGGAGUAAACGAUUUAUGUUGCUAAACAACCGACGUAAUGAAUACACCCCUGGUGUAGUAGGAGGCUAGAAAAACAACGUGUAAAUCACCCUAGACGGAGUCCACGUCAACUUAUCUAAAGAAGUGUGGUCGGUUACUUAAUGAGGGGAAAGAAAACAACAUAUACUUUGUUUAUCACCACGGACAGGAAUUUACUGGUAUUUCGGUCUUGGUGAAUUGUAUCAGCGCGCUUGGGUGAAUUGUUCCCUAUAAAUCUCAAAGUUGUGACUUUCUUGUGCGGAAACCUACUUUGGAGCCACUGCCCGAAGGGACAUGUAGCUCAGGGCUUCGACUGUUCAAAACUUCGGAAUUCGUAUAUCUGUGAAAAGAGGCUCAAACUGUGAACCAGAUGUUGAAAAGAUGACCAUUUAUCUUUGGAUCAUACUCUUCUUGGCACAAAGUAGUAGAGCAAUCCAUGGACUCCUGUUCACCAAGAACCCCACCAACCUCACAGUAACCCAGGGCAACAUGGCUCGCCUGGGUUGUUGCGUCGAGGGCCUGAGUGAGCCGGAGAUCGUGUGGAUGAAGGACGGGGAGAAGCUGUACAGCACGGACCAGAUGUACAUCCCCAUCGAGCAACACCACUGGGAGACCUUCCACAGUGUGAAGUCUGUCCAGCAGCAGGAUGCAGGGAAGUACUGGUGUGAGGUAGAGUUCCAUGGCUUGACCAUCUCCUCUGAGCCCGCCUGGAUAACAGUCGAGGGUGUCCCCAACUUUAUACUUGAGCCCCAAGAUGUAGCCACAUUCCCUGGGGUGCCCUUUAACCUGACGUGUGCUGCUGUGGGCCCCCCGGACCCUGUGGAGGUGCUCUGGUGGCUGGGGGGAGUACAGAAGGGUGAUGCCACCUCCUCGCCAUCUGUACUCCAUGUUAACGGUGUGAACAACAGCAUCAAGUUCUACUGCGAAGCCAAGAAUGCCAGAGGUAUCUCAGUAUCGCGAACAGGCACUGUGCACAUUAAAGUCCUCCCAGCAGCUCCUAAAGGUGUGCAGGUGGUCCACAUGGUGGAGAACAAUGUCACGCUGGCCUGGAGCCCUGGCUUCACCGGACACUCUGACCUGUCGGCCUGCACCAUCCAGAUUUCUAAGAACUCUGGGAGGAAGGUGGAACUUCUGGACCAGCGUGUGAAGGUUCCACCAUUCCAACAGAUCCUCAGUGGGCUGAGCUGCUACUCCAACUACAGUGUUAGAGUGUGCUGUGACAAUGAGGUUGGGACCUCUCUCUUCUCUGGCUGGCUGGACUUUCAGACACCAGAAGCAGUGCCCUCUGCUGCCCCCCGGAAUCUGACAUUUGACCUAACAGAGCAGCAGCUGUCCAUGAACUGGGCGACCUUGGAGGACGAUGAGCUGCAGGGGAAACUGAUGGCCUACAAAGUCCAGUGGAACCUGGGAGGAGAAGGACAGGAGGCUCUGUUCUUUAAAGAGAAUGUGGCCCACCUGUAUGGUGGAGGUCGUUUCUUCAACGCCACCUUCCAGGUGUCAGCGUGUACAGUGGCUGGUUGUGGGCCCUGGAGCCAGCCUGUACUGGUCAUGCCCGCCUCAGCAUUGGCAGCCCAGAUGCAGAGAGGCCAUAUGUGGGUGGGUCUUCUGUUGGGCCUGCUGGUGGCCACCAUGGUCGGGCUUCUCUUGAUUAUCUUAGUGCACCGCAGAGGGAAGGAGACACAGUUUGGGUCUGUCUUCAAGCCCCCAGGGAAUGAGCGCUUGGUGUCCUUCACUGCAGCCAGGUCAUUCAACAGGACCUGCCCCGAGCUCCCAGAAUCCAGCUUGGACAGCUUGGGUAUCAAUAACGAUCUAAAGGCCAAACUGCGAGACGUCCUGAUCCCAGAAAGACUACUGACUCUCGGACACAUGUUGGGAAAAGGUGAGUUUGGCUCAGUGCGUGAGGCCUUCCUAAAGAUGGAGGACAGUACUGUACAGAAAGUUGCAGUGAAGGUGCUCAAAACGGAUAUCAACUCAUCAUGUGAUAUUGAACAGUGCCUGAUGGAGGCUUCUCAUAUGAAGGACUUCGAUCAUCCUAAUGUCAUCCAGCUCAUUGGAGUGAGUUUGCACAGUCGGCCUCAGCAACGGUUGCCCAUCCCCAUGGUUAUCCUGCCAUUCAUGAAGCACGGGGACCUUCACACAUUUCUGCUCUUGUCCCGCCUUGGAGACGAGCCCUUUACCGUGUCACUGCAGAUGCUCAUACAGUUCAUGUUGGAUAUCACUCGUGGAAUGGCGUACCUGAGUAACAAAAGCAUCAUACACAGAGAUCUGGCUGCGCGCAACUGCAUGCUUAGUGAAAACUUGACAGUCUGCGUGGCAGACUUUGGGCUGUCAAAGAAAAUCUACAGUGGCGACUACUACAGACAAGGAUCUGUCUCAAAGCUGCCUGUCAAGUGGAUAGCACUGGAGAGCCUUGCUGACAAUGUCUACACUACUCAGAGUGAUGUGUGGGCGUUUGGAGUCACCAUGUGGGAGAUCAUGGCACGGGGGCAGACCCCUUACCCCGGGGUGGAGAACUCUGAAAUCUACGAGUACCUCAUCAAGGGAGAGAGGCUCAAACAGCCACCUGACUGCCGAGACGACAUUUACGAGAUCAUGCAUAGCUGCUGGAGCCCUGUUCCCAAGUGCCGCCCCAGUUUCCUGCACCUGAUUGACCAGCUGGAGGGGCUGUGGGCCAGCCUAUCCCCAGGGCCUAGCUGCAUUAAGGAGGCCCUUCUCUACGUUAACCUGGAGAAUGACAAGGGGGAGCAGGGGGCAGGGGCACUGGGCCCAAGGAAGGACCCCUUGUGGUCAGGAAUGCCCUGGCAGUGUGUGGGGAUGGAGGAAGAUGAGAAAGACUGGCUCGUGGCGUCUUCUGAGGCAGCUCUGGCUGUCGGUGGAGACUACCGCUACAUCAUCGGUCCUACCUGUAAUGGCACCGAAGAGGACGGUGGUAGGCAGGGGGACUCGAUGGAUACCUUGCAGCAAGACGUUAGGGAUGAGGAAUAUGAAGAUGCGUUCAUUAAUGUGUGAUUUUAAAUUUCAACCACCAUGCUGCCUCCCCUGCCCUGUCCUCCUUAACUGACCUUGUGUACAGAUUUCACAGACUGGCAAGUUGGUUGUGGAGGGUUGCUCACUCACUACUGUCCUCCAUUGAAGUUUCUGAAAAUGAAUGGAUGCUCACCAGCAUGACUUAAAGGAGCAGAAUUGGAUUGAAGUUCAUAUCUCUUAACUUUUCUACCCAUUUUUAUUUCCAGUCAUUGUCUUUUUGUACAUUAAACUAUGACUUUACACCAAGACAUACACAAUCAGCCUUACUUUUACAUUGACAAAAAGCAUAGUAUAUUUUAGAUCUUGACUGAUACACAGUUCACUUUUCAAUGGAAAACUCACUGACAGAGGCAUUAUUUAGUCUGUAGAUUUGUACCUUUUGAUGUUUUAGGGACUGAAUUUAUUAAAAUGCUGCCUACAUCCUUAGUGUGCACUGUACUUUAGGUAUUGAACAUUGGUAUUUGCUGCUUUGCAAAUUGACUCCCUUUCAUACCCUAAACUCAAUAUAAUAAGCAGCUCCAGUCCAAAAGCCUCUAUCACACUCGUUCUUAUUUAACAUUAUAAUAUUUUAAUGGGACCACAACUGUUAUAAUCCUUUAAAGCAGUGGUCACCAAUCUGAGUUGACAUCACUUUGAGUCCAAAAGCAAGACGAGAUCUACCGCUCAGAUUUUUUUGUUUUAUGUAACCUUAGACAACAUUAACCUAUUUAAAAACAGUACUGUAGCAAUGAGGUCUGUGCAGUAGGCUUUAGGCAUAUUAUAUUUGCUUCAAUUGCCCUGCCAAUGUUCAACAAUUUUACUGAAUUACAGUUCAUAUAAGGAAAUCAGUCAAUGGAAAAAUGAAUUAUGCCCUAAUCUCUGAUUUCACAUGACUGGGCAAGAACGCAGCCAUGGAUGGGCAUAGGCCUGCUCACUUGGGAGCCAGGCCCACCCACUGGGGAGCCAGGCCCAGUCAAUCAGAAGGGUUUUAUUACAGACAGAAAUACUCCUCAGUGUAUCUGCUGUCCAGGUAGCUGGUCUCCGAUGAUCCCGCAGGUGAAGACGCUGGAAGUGGAGGUCCUGGGCUGGUGUGGUUACACGUGGUCUGCGUUUGUGAGGCCUGGUAACAGCUCUGGUGGACAUUCCUGCAAUCAGCAUGCCAAUUUCACACUACCUCAACUGUGACAGUGUGACAACUGCAGCACAAGGUGCACUUGUGUAAUGAUCAUGCUGUUUAAUCAGCUUCUUGAUAUGCAGCACCUGUUAGGUGGAUGGAUUAUCUUGGUUUAAAGAGAAAUGCUCAAUAACAGGGAUGUAAACAAAUGUGUGCACAAAAUUUGAGAGAAGCUGUGUGCAUAUGGGACAUGUCUGGGAUCUUUUUUUCCGCUCAUGAAACAUGGGACCAACACUUUACAUGUGGUGUUUUUAUUUUUGUUAAGUGUAUAUUUCAAAAUGUGAGGUAGGCUACAUGAUCACACCAGCAAUAGAUCAGUUGUAUUACUUGUAAGGCACAGCUGAGUGAGCAUAUAUUUUAACAAAUAAAAAAAAACUAUUCUGGACUGAUGGUGCCUGCAUCUGAUGGUCAGCGGAGGGAGAGCAGCAGACUGAGAGUCCGCCUCUCAACACCCCCCUUCUCUCCCUUUCUUCCACUGACACUGACCAAAUAGGGACACAGUCUUCCAGCUGAUGGCAAAACUCGAGUCGCACCGCAUCAUUUCUGCCUCAUGCACAAAUUCAUGUUGUUACUCCUAUGAACUAUUUUAAUAGCAUAUAAAAAGUGUUGACAGUGUUGAGUAAGAACUUAAACUCACUCAAAAACAGCUCUUUGCUGUAUUUGCUGACAUUCUCUCUAGUCAUGGUUUAAAAUCUCACAGUAUCAACUUAGCUGUAGGUUAUUUUUUAAAUAUAUAUAUAUUUUAACUUGUGCUCCUUUACUGCAGACAUCUGAGCCAUCAGAUUAGCCAGCGGUAGGCCUAUAUAGCACUUGAUUUGCUCGCUGGGAAAGCAAAGUUAGUACCUUCAGACACAUGAAAUGGUUCAAAAUGGGAACACUUCACCUUCCCGGCGCACAGGGCAGCUGAAUCGCGUGCACCUACCGUCUCACUACUGAAAUAUUAAAUAGGAACACAAGGCUUUAUCGCAGUUUUUUUUUUUACAGAAAUGUUUGGAGAUCGAACAGUCCAUGGCGAUGACUGGUUGGUGACCACUGACUUAAAGGGAUACUUCAGGAUUUUUGCAAUGAGACCUUUUUUAUCUAAACUCAGCAAAAAAAGAAAGUCCCUUUUUCAGGACCCUGUCUUUCAAAGAUAAUUCGUAAAAAUCCAAAUAACUUCACAGAUCUCCAUUGUAAAGGGUUUAAACACUGUUUCUCAUGCUUGUUCAAUGAACCAUAAACAAUUAAUGAACAUGCACCUGUGGAACGGUCGUUAUGACACUAACAGCUUACAAAAGGUAGGCAAUUAAGGUCACAGUUAUGAAAACGUAGGACACUAAAGAGGCCUUUCUACUGACUCUGAAAAACACCAAAAGAAAAAUGCCCGGGGUCUCUGCUCAUCUGCGUGAACGUGUCUUAGGCAUGCUGCAAGGAGGCAUUAGGACUGCAGAUGUGGCCAGGGCAAUAAAUUGCAAUGUCUGUACUGUGAGACUCCUAAGACGGCGCUACAGGGAGACAGGACGGACAGCUGAUCGUCCUCGCAGUGGCAGACCACGUGUAACAACACCUGCACAGGAUCGGUACAUCCGAACAUCACACCUGCGGGACAGGUACAGGAUGACAACAACUGCCCGAGUUACACCAGGAACGCACAAUCCCUCCAUCAGUGCUCAGACUGUCCGCAAUAGGCUGAGCGAGGCUGGACUGAGGGCUUAUAGGCCUGUUGUAAGGCAGGUCCUCAACAGACAUCACCGGCAACAAUGUCUCACCUAUGGGAACAAACUCACCGUCGCUGGACCAGACAGGACUGGCAAAAAGUGCUUUUCACUGACGAGUCGUGGUUUGGUCUCACCAGGGAUGAUGGUCGGAUUCACGUUUAUUGUCGAAGGAAUGAGCGUUACACCGAGGCCUGUACUCUGGAGCGGGAACAAUUUGGAGGUGGAGGGUCCAUCAUGGUCUGGGGCGGUGUGUCACAGCAUCAUCGGACUGAGCGUGUUGUCAUUGCAGGCAAUCUCAACGCUGUGCGUUACAGGGAAGACAUCCUCCUCCCUCAUGUGGUACCCUUCCUGCAGGCUCAUCCUGACAUGACCCUCCAGCAUUACAAUGCCACCAUCCAUACUGCUCGUUCUGUGCGUGAUUUCCUGCAAGACAGGAAUGUCAGUGUUCUGCCAUGGCCAGCGAAGAGCCCGGAUCUCAAUCCCAUUGAGCACUUCUGGGACCUGUUGGAUCGGAGGGUGAGGGUUAGGGCCAUUCUCCCCAGAAAUGUCCGGGAACUUGCAGGUUCCUUGGUGGAAGAGUGGGGUAACAUCUCACAGCAAAAACGGGCAAAUCUGGUGCAGUCCACGAGGAGGAGAUGCACUGCAGUACUUAAUGCAGCUGGUGGCCACACCAGAUACUGACUGUUACUUUUGAUUUUGACCCCCCCUUUGUUCAGGGACACACGAUUCAAUUUCUGUAGGUCACAUGUCUGUGGAACUUGUUCAGUUUGUCGCAGUUGUUGAAUCUUGUUAUGUUCAUACAAAUAUUUACACAUGUUAAGUUUGCUGAAAAUAAACGCAGUUGACAGUGAGAGGACGUUUUCUUUUUUUGCUGAGUUUACUUCCCCAGAGUCCGAUGAAAUCAUGGAUACCAUUUUUAUGUCGGUGCAUGCCGUUUGAAGGAAGUUUCUAACUAGCAUUAGAGCAAUGACUUGAAGUCAAAGGAGAUACCCAUAGACUUCGUCAUUGCGCUAAUGCUAAUUAGCAUUUGCUCACAAAACUGCCUCCAACUUCCUUCAUACUGGACACGGAGACAUAAAGAUGGUAUCAACAACAUUCCUCUGACUCUGGAAAGUAGAUAACGUUGUAUGUAUUCAAGAACUAAUUUUACCAGUGUGAAUAUGGAUAUUAUGAUCUGUUAAGACAUUAGCUUGAAAAAACGGGAGUCUGUCGUUCACUGAUGUUCAAAAUGCUUACAGACACCUUUGAUUUUGUUUAUAGGCUAUGGGAUAUCAAGGAACAUGUUUUAAUAUGUAUAUUUUCUAUGUAGUUUUUGUAUAUUGUUAUAAAAAUAAUUUCCAUAGAUACAACCCAGAUCAUUAAAAACAGAGACUUAUGAAGCUGAUGCUUUGUGAUACUCUGACCAGUCCAUCCUUACCAGCCUGUGCCUAGUUGUUUUGAGGUUUGUACAUAAAGCUACAAUGUAAUUGUCACCUCAAGUGUAAGUAAAUAAAAAGUAUUGGUUGUUUCA